AUGGCCAGCGAGUUGGAAGAAGAAGGAGAAGUUGGCGAGGAAGCAGAGAUGAGCGAGGGGCUCUACCCCUCCCCUCAUUUAUACCAGAAGGAGGCCAACCGCAAGCCUCCACGAUUGCAGCUUAUUCUUAUUCUUGCCCGGAUUGGCUCCACAGUGAUCUUCAACAUGUGGGCGAUCAUGCGGGACCCAGCGGCAUGGGAGAGGCCCGACGCGUUUGUCCCAGAGAGGUUCCUAGAUAAGGCUGCGACGGUGAAGUUUCGGGGCAAGGACUAUGAGUUCAUCUUGUUCGGGUCCGGCGGGCAGUUGUGCCCCGGCCUGCCGAUGGCAGAGCGGGUCAUGUCGUUUGUGCUGGCGUCGCUGCUAUAUGAAUACGAGUGGCGGCUCCCGGUUGGCAUGGCGGCCGACAAGCUGGACGUCACUGAGAAGUUCACCAUCGUCAACACGCUCGUCGUGCGCCUUAGGGUCGUCCCCGUCGUGGUCACCUAG